AUGACUAUUGUAGGACCGCUGCAGAGUUCAGGCCCACGGUCAUAAUAGACGGGACUUGUCUGUUUUAACCAUAAGACAGAGUUUGUACCUAAUUUGCUGUAGUGCAAAAUACCCAAACAUUGAUUUGAAAUGUAGAAAAUAAUUCUUUUGGAUUCAUGGUUUGUAGAAAAUAAUUCAUUUUAAUUCAUGGUUUGUAGAAAAGAAUUCAUUUUGAUUCAUGGUUUGUAGAAAAUAAUUAAUUUUGAUUCAUGGUUUGUAGAAAAUAAUUCAUUUUGAUUCAUGGUUUGUAGAAAAUAAUUCAUUUUGAUUCAUGGUUUGUAGAAAAUAAUUCAUUUUGAUUCAUGGUUUGUAGAAAAUAAUUCAUUUUGAUUAAUGCUUUGUAGAAAUGAAUUAUUUUUGAUUCAUGGUUUGCGGUUCUGUCAGCUGCCCUUAAGAUAAUAUGUGCUGCUUUGCACAUCUGAAAGUUUACAUUGAACUGGGAUGUAAGCCAGUGGUCAUCUGGGUACAAUGGAUACAGUAGCCAUCCUCGAUGUAGUUCAAGUAGUCAGUGGUUACGCAUUAUGGAUGAUUAUUCAGUUUAAUUGUAGGUUGCAGUAUGUUUUUUCUUACUAAAGGCAGCCCUGCUGUCUAUAAGGUCAACUCAGUGUGAGCACUCUGAAGCCUUUUAUGCCACAGAGAACAAAGAGAGUCAUUCCUAUUGGUCACCUGACAGUAUGUUGUUUACACACACAGAGGCAACAAUUAACUCUCUCACACUCUCUCUCUCUCUCUCUCUCUCUCUCUCUCUCUCUCUCUCUCUCUCUCUCUCUCUCUCUCUCUGUCUCUCUGUCUCUCUGUCUCUCUGUCUCUCUCUGUCUCUCUGUCUCUCUCUCUCCCUCUCUCCCUCUCUCCCACCCACCCAGAUUCGGACCUGAGCAUGCGGACAUUGAGCACCCCAAGCCCUGCCCUCAUCCUUCCUCCCCGUCCCCACCUCCACCCUCUCUCCCCUCUCCUCCCCCCAUCGGCCCCCUUCAACAGCUCCUCCUCCACCUCCUCCUCUGAGACGGUUGCCAUGGUGCAUGCCGUCGCCCCUCCCCCUCUCUUCUGCGCCACCCACUCACGACGCCGCGCCACCCGGGACCACCACCAGGGGGCGUCGGUGCCCAUGGACCUCUUGCCGGACCACAUCUUCCUGGACAUCUUCGCCCGCCUGCCCACCAACCAGCUGUGCCGCUGCGCCCGCGUCUGCCGCCGCUGGUACAACCUGGCGUGGGACCCCCGGCUGUGGCGGAGCAUCCGGCUGACGGGGGACGUGCUCCACGUCGACCGGGCGCUGCGGGUGCUGACGCGGCGCCUCUGCCAGGACACGCCCAAUGUGUGCCUGAUGCUGGAGACGCUGGUGGCGAGCGGGUGCCGGAGGUUGACGGACCGCGGGCUGCACACGGUGGCCCAGUGCUGCCCCGAGCUGCGCUGCCUGGAGGUGGCAGGCUGCUAUAACGUGUCCAACGACGCUGUGUUCGAGGUGGUGUCGCACUGCCCCAACCUGGAGCACCUGGACGUCUCAGGUAAACGUCUACAUUGCAGUGAACGUUUUAAUCAUUUAGCAGACUUACUGCCAGUAUAUUCAACUAAGUUUAGUAGGGGAAAAAAAAACACCACAUAUCACAGUUAUCACAAGUAGGCCAAUACCCGCUGUCAGCAGAAUCAGUGUCAAAAAAAACAAACAAGUGUGGAUGUGAGUACAAGAAAGAAAAGUACACUUACCCAGUCCUCCUGCCCUAAAUACAUAAACCUGCUGCUCUGUGAUAUUAUGGUGGUUAAUGUGUCUAAGCUGCCAACCCUCCUCUUGGAGAGGUAGUCUCCCAUACAGAAAUCAUUAUGGUGACUAAUGUGUCUAAGCUUGGAGAGGUAGUCUCCCAUUCAGAAAUCAUUAUGGUGACUAAUGUGUCUAAGCUGCCAACCCUCCUCUUGGAGAGGUAGUCUCCCAUACAGAAAUCAUUAUGGUGACUAAUGUGUCUAAGCUUGGAGAGGUAGUCUCCCAUUCAGAAAUCAUUAUGGUGACUAAUGUGUCUAAGCUGCCAACCCUCCUCUUGGAGAGGUAGUCUCCCAUUCAGAAAUCAUUAUGGUGACUAAUGUGUCUAAGCUGCCAACCCUCCUCUUGGAGAGGUAGUCUCCCAUACAGAAAUCAUUAUGGUGACUAAUGUGUCUAAGCUGCCAACCCUCCUCUUGGAGAGGUAGUCUCCCAUACAGAAAUCAUUAUGGUGGUUAAUGUGUCUAAGCUUGGAGAGGUAGUCUCCCAUUCAGAAAUCAUUAUGGUGACUAAUGUGUCUAAGCUGCCAACCCUCCUCUUGGAGAGGUAGUCUCCCAUUCAGAAAUCAUUAUGGUGACUAAUGUGUCUAAGCUGCCAACCCUCCUCUUGGAGAGGUAGUCUCCCAUUCAGAAAUCAUUAUGGUGACUAAUGUGUCUAAGCUUGGAGAGGUAGUCUCCCAUUCAGAAAUCAUUAUGGUGACUAAUGUGUCUAAGCUGCCAACCCUCCUCUUGGAGAGGUAGUCUCCCAUUCAGAAAUCAUUAUGGUGACUAAUGUGUCUAAGCUUGGAGAGGUAGUCUCCCAUUCAGAAAUCAUUAUGGUGACUAAUGUGUCUAAGCUGCCAACCCUCCUCUUGGAGAGGUAGUCUCCCAUUCAGAAAUCAUUGGUUGCAGAAAGGCCACCUCUUUGCACUAAUUUCCCAGUACGGAAGGGAUACAUUAAAAUAACUUGUGAAUUGUUCUUCUAAAGAAGACAAACCAGAGCAACUUUGGGUAAAGUGGUCAAUUCAUAAAGUAUGGACACACCUAUUCAUUCAAGGGUUUUUCUUUAUUUUUACUAUUUUCUACAUUGUAGAAUAAUAGUGGAGACAUCAAAACUAUGACAUAACACAUAUGGAAUCAUGUAGUAACCAAAAAAAGUGUUAAACAAAUCGAUAGAAUACUGUACUCAUCUCGAAAACAAAAGCAAUUUAGGUUAAAAGAGUCCACACUAACAAAGGAAAUAGAAGGUCUAACAGAACAGAUAGAUAGCAAUAAAAACUGUAACAUAGAGGCUCAGAAUAAAUUAGAGGGAAAACAAAAAUAAAUGGAGAAACUUAUUCAAGAAAGAUCAAGUGUAAUAUAUUAUAAAAAUAAAGCAAACUGGGUGGAAUAUGGGGAAAAAUGCACCAAAUUAUUUUUUAAUCUUCAACAUAGAAAUGCUACCUUAAAGAAUUGACUGAAACUGGUUACAAAUGACGGAGUCACCCAUGAUUCACCAAAUGAUAUUUUGAAGGAGGAAGCAAAGUACUUUAAGCAUAUGUUUUCGUUUCAGUCGCCUCCAUCUCCUCUAACUGAAGCUAAUUGUAGGGAUUUUGUUUUCUAUUGAUAAUAUGAAAUUAACAGCCACACAGAAAGACUCAUGUUAAGGUGAAAUUACAGAGGAUGAACUUCUGGAUGCAAUUAAAGACUUUAAAUCCGGGAAAACUCCAGGGUUGGAUGGCAUAACAGUCGAGGUAUACCAAACCUUUUUUGAUAUACUCAGAGGACCAUUAUUAGCAUGUUUUAACCACUCCUAUGUAAAUGGUAGAUUAUCAGACACUCAAGAAGAAGGUCUGAUUUAAUAAUUACUGAAACAGGAUACAAGUGGAAAAUAUAAAUAUCCAGUCCAUUAAAAAAUUGGAGGCCACUUACACUUCAGUGUUGUGAUGCAAAAAUUCUAGCAAAAUGUGUAGCGCAUAUAAUUAAAAAGGUAUUGUCGGACAUUAUUCAUUCUAAUCAGACAGGUUUUUUACAUGGACGAUACAUUGGAGAUAAUAUAAGGCAAGUGCUGGAAACAAUAGAACACUAUGAAAAAUCUGGGAAACCAGGCCUGCUAUUCAUAGCAGACUUUGAAAUGACAUUUGAUAAAGUACGACUGGAGUUUAUAUAUAAAUGCCUGGAGCAUUUCAAUUUUGGAGAAUCUCUUAUAAAAUGGGUUAACAUCGUAUAGUAACCCUAGUAUCCCUUAUUAAAAUGCAAAUCAAUUUAUAACAUUUUUGACAUGCGUUUUUCAGGAUUUUUUUGUUGCUAUUCUGUCUCUCACUGUUCAAAUAAACCUCCCAUUAAAAUUAUAGACUGAUCAUUUCUUUGUCACUGGGCAAACGUACAAAAUCAGCAGGGGAUCAAAUACUUUUUUCCCUCACUGUAGGUUAUAGGUUGAGAGCUUUUGUGAAAGAGCACAGUUAGAAGGAUAUGGCAUAUAGAAGCAAACUCGGAUGGACAUCAUGAAAAUGAUCGGAGAGGUUGAGGGUAGAGGAAGUUCAGGAGUAAAAACAAACUAAAUAUAAUUAUUGUGUCCAUAAAAUGUAUAUAGUAUGUAUAAGCUGGAAGUAGAGGCCUAAGCGUUGUUGUUCACUAGUUUACUCCAAUUAGGGAAGGGGUGGUGGGGUUGGAAGGUAAUAAAGGGAAAUAUAUAUUUUUAAAGGAUAUGUAUAUAUGUAUGUAUAUGUAUUUAUAUUUAUGUAUGUGUAUAUGUAUGUAUGUAUGUAUAUGUAUGUAUAUGUACAGUUGAAGUCGGAAGUUUACAUACACUUAGGUUGGAGUCAUUAAAACUAGUUUUUCAACCACUCCACAAAUUUCUUGUAAACAAACUAUAGUUUUUUUUGUCAAGUAAUUUUUCCAACAAUUGUUUACAGACAGAUUAUUUCACUUAUAAGUCACUGUAUCACAAUUCCAGUGGGUCAGAAGUUUACAUACACUAAGUUUACUGUGCCUUUAAACAGUUUGGAAAAUUCCAGAACAUCAUUUGAGUCAAUUGGAGGUGUACCUGUGGAUGUAUUUCAAGGCCUACCUUCAAACUCAGUGCCUCUUUGCUUGACAUCAUGGGAAAAUCAAAAGAAAUCAGCCAAGACCUCAGAAAAAGUUUGGUUCAUCCUUGGGAGCAAUUUCCAAACGCCUGACGGUACCACGUUCAUCUGUACAAACAAUAGUACGCAAGUAUAAACACCAUAGGACCACGCAGCCGUCAUACCGCUCAGGAAGGAGACGCAUUCUGUCUCCUAGAGUUGAAUGUACUUUGGUGCGAAAAGUGCAAAUCAAUCCCAGAACAACAGCAAAGGACCUUGUGAAGAUGCUGGAAGAAACAGGUACAAAAUUAUCUAUAUCCACAGUAAAACAAGUCCUAUAUUGACAUAACCUGAAAGGCCGCUCAGCAAGGAAGAAGCCACUGCUCCAAAACCGCCAUAAAAAAGCCAGACUACGGUUUGCAACUGCACAUGGGGACAAAGAUUGUACUUUUUGGAGAAAUGAACUCUGGUCUGAUGAAACAAAAAUAGAACUGUUUGGCCAUAAUGACCAUCGUUAUGUUUGAAGGAAAAAGGGGAAUGCUUGCAAGCCGAAGAACACCAUCCCAACCGUGAAGCACGGGGGUGGCAGCAUAAUGCUGUGGGGGUGCUUUGCUGUAGGAGGGACUGGUGCACUUCACAAAAUAGAUGGCAUCAUGAGGAAGGAAAUUAUGUGGAUAUAUUGAAGCAACAUCUCAAGACAUCAGUCAGGAAGUUAAAGCUUGGUCACAAAUAGGUCUUCCAAAUGGACAAUGACCCCAAGCAUACUUCCAAAGUUGGGGCAAAAUGGCUUAAGGACAACAAAGUCAAGGUAUUGGAGUGGCCAUCACAAAGCCCUGACCUCAAUCCUAUAGAAAAUGUGUGGGCAGACCUGAAAAAGCGUGUGCGAGCAAGGAGGCCUACAAACCUGACUCAGUUACACCAGCUCUGUCAGGAGGAAUGGGCCAAAAUUCACCCAACUUAUUGUGGGAAGCUUGUGGAAGGCUAACCGAAACGUUUGACCCAAGUUAAACAAUUUAAAGGCAAUGCUACCAAAUACUAAUUGAGUUUAUGUAUUUUUCUGACCCACUGGCAAUAUGAUGAAAGAAAUAAAAGCUGAAAUAAAUCAUUAUUUCUACUAUUAUUCGGACAUUUCACAUUCUUAAAAUAAAGUUGUGAUCCUAACUGACCUAAGACAGGGAAUUUUUACAAGGAUUAAAUGUCAGGAAUUGUGAAAAACUGAGUUUAAAUGUAUUUGGCUAAGGUGUAUGUAAACUUCUGACUUCAACUAUAUAUAUAUAUAUAUUUGCGAGAGAAAAAAACAUAUGGGUGAUUGGAAGUGAUGCAGACAAUUGCAUUGAUGGAAGUUACGAUCUACCCCCCCCCCAAAAAAAAUAUAAAAAAAAUAAAUAAUAAUAAUAAUAUAUAUACUGUAUAUAUAUUUUACAUUUGAGAUUCUUCAAAGUAGCCACGCUUUGCCUUGAUGACAGCUUUGCACGCUCUUGGCAUUCUCUCAACCAGCUUCAUGAGGUAGUCACCUGGAAUGCAUUUCAAUUAACAGGUGUGUCUUAAUGUGUUUGGGCCAAUCAGUUGUGUUGUGACAAGGUAGGGGGGGUAUACAGAAGAUAGGCAAGAACAGCUCAAAUAAGCAAAGAGAAACGACAGUCCAUCAUUACUUCACAUAUUAGUAUUAUUUCCCAUGCUGAAAAUCUGACACGAGUCAAAUGAAUAAUCUAUGAAAGAUUAGUCAAAAUACAUGUAUGCCUAUAACACAACCGUAAUUUGACUAGCACUUUGAAAAGGGCCUCUUUGAGUCAAUACCUUGUCCAAGUCAACCCAGUUUAGCAGACCUAGGGGAAAUACAUACUGUAUGUCAAAUGUCAUUAUUUAAUACUUUCAAUUACUAGCUUUCCUGGCACAAUGGAACAAACCAAUGGAAUACUCCUAAAAGUGCAAAUCUCAAGAUAAGUGCACCAGAAAUUUUACAUGAAUACCAGUACGUAUUUGACCCAGGUCUCCUGCUGAGACAACCCAACAACCUUCUUAUGUUAUCUGUGGUAAAAUACUGUCCAGAGCCCAGUGUUGUUUGCCACGGUAUCUCUCUCUCUCUACACGCUCACUGCAUUCUGUCUCCAGUGUUUUCAGAGAGGAGGCCCAUGGAAUAUGGGAAUGGAAUGCGACUUGAUCCCCCCAAAAAUCCUCCUGUCUUAUUUCAGUCUCUUUCCUGGUGUUUUAUUUCCCACUUCCUGUGCCCUUCUUCCUGCCGGAGCACAUUGUUGCCAUCCCGGUGUGUGUCAAAGGUCAGCUGGAGUUCCCUCUGUUGAAGGAAUCUGGGUUGUGUUCAUUAGGCCUCAAAUGGAAGAAAAUGUUCAGAAACAGAGUGGAACACAACCCUGCUCUGUUUCUUCCUACCAUUACCCCCCCCCCCCCCCCCCCCCCCCAAAAAAAAAAAAGAAAGAAAGAUGGAGUAACAGAUCUCAGAUGUCUCCCCUUGAUGCAAAUCCAUUCCAUCCACUUCAUAGCCUUCGUACACUUCCGAAAGGCAAGACCAUCAGCUAACCUAUUUGGCAGCUCUGCACUUUCCGAAUGUUCAAACAUCGCUCUUCUUGCUAUCUCAGAGCUGUCGUACCCUGCUUCCUGUUCCUGUCAACUGGGCAUCCCACGUUUCAGUCUGCACAGCAAAAGUGAGGUUAUAGAAGGAAGGAAAGAGAAGCCUUUUAAAAGGUGCUCAACUCAACAUAAUGUUUUUGAAGAAGGGAUGGUCUGGAGAAAGAAGAAAUGCGAGUCUCAACUAAAAACAUCCGUCAUGUUCUCGUGAAAAUGUAAGCAAAGGGGUGGAACCAGAAAACCUGGGCGAGUCCCCUAGUAGUCGUCAUGUUUCUGUUUCAAUUCUCCCCAAGAUAGAGCACUGCUUUUUAAUAUCGCUCUGGGAAUUAAAACAAACGGGAGUAUAAUGGUCUCUUACUUGACUUUGGACAGGACGCGGAAUACCUGACAUCUGCAUUCUAUAAAAUUCAAUUAGUGGGCCUAAGGAAAGUGGCUUAUGCUCUGAAUGUUGGGGCUGUUUUGUAAUAAAUGGGUUCUGCGGUCGACUGUAUUUCACAUUUUUUUUUUUUUACUUGGUCGUUUUGAUAUGCUCUCUAAAUCCUGAAUACACCUAAAUACUUCUCUCUCUCUCUCUCUCUCUCUCUCUCUCUCUCUCUCUCUCUCUCUCUCUCUCUCUCUCUCUCUCUCUCUCUCUCUCUCUCUCUCUCUCUCUCUCUCUCUCUCUCUCUCUCUCUCUCUCUCUCUCUCUCUCUCUCUCUCUCUCUCUCUCUCUCUCUCUCUCUCUCUCUCUCUCUCUCUCUCUAUAGGAUGCUCCAAGGUAACCUGCAUCAGUCUGACGCGGGAGGUCUCCCUCAAACUAUCGCCUAUGCACGGCCAGCAGAUCUCCAUCCGCUACCUGGACAUGACUGACUGCUUGGCCCUGGAGGACGAGGGCCUGCACACCAUCGCCGCCCACUGCACCCAGCUCACCCAUCUCUACCUGCGGCGCUGCAUGCGCCUCACCGACGAGGGCCUUCGCUACCUGGUCAUCUACUGCCCGGCCGUGCGUGAGCUCAGCGUCAGCGACUGCCGCUACGUCAGCGACUUCGGCCUGCGCGAGAUCGCCAAGCUUGAAGGCCGGUUGCGCUACUUGAGCGUGGCGCAUUGCGGAAGGAUCACUGACGUCGGGGUGCGGUAUGUCGCUAAGUACUGCUCACGGCUGCGAUACCUGAAUGCGCGGGGCUGCGAGGGCCUCACGGACCACGGCCUGGAGUACCUGGCCAAGAGUUGCCCCAAGCUCAAGUCGCUCGACAUCGGGAAGUGCCCGCUGGUGUCGGACGCAGGGCUGGAACUGCUGGCGCUCAACUGCUUCAACCUGAAGCGGCUGAGCCUCAAGUCGUGCGAGAGCAUCACGGGCCGCGGGCUGCAGGUGGUGGCGGCCAACUGCUUCGACCUGCAGCUGCUCAACGUGCAGGACUGCGACGCGCCACUGGAGGCACUGCACUUUGUGAAGCGCCACUGCAAGCGCUGCGUCAUCGAGCACACAAACCCCGCCUUUUUCUGAGGAGACAGGAGAAUGGGCGAACAAACUGAAGCCUGUAUCCCGCACAUAGGCAGACAUAAUGUAAUAUGCACAUGACAAUCUAUUAUGGUUGUUUUUUUAUAGCACUCAUAAGACUGUUUUUAAGUUAUUUUCUUUUCUCCCUAUUCCCUCACUACAAACUGUUGCCCAACUUCUAAAGGGAUCAUUUUUAAGCAGAUGACUUCUGUAAGUAUAUAAUAAAACACUAGUGUAUUUUCAUUUGAAAGGAAAAAACUAUAAUAGCAUGAAAAACUCAGCUCUUUCUCAGUAUCUUGUCAGUAUCUCCUUAGGCCAAGAAGUUUAAUUGGAAUGCAAUUUAAUUAUGAGUAAUGGUUAUCUUUUUUGUGUCAAAGGUUCACGUGUGACAUUCCACUGAAGAGGCCUCCCCUUCUGUUUGCAGUGCUGGUGGGCAAUAUAGUAAUUGAUCCAGUAACUCCAGUCAUUCCACAUUACUUAAAGAGGCUGUACAGUUCAUAUACACAUAUGAUAGAACAUUAGUCAAUUUCUUAACUCAUGAAACCACAUAAUUAAGAAUAUGCUUCUACUCAUGGUGUGGAGAGGUGUGCACCUUUCUGUCCAAUGAGGUGAUUGAUUAGCAAUAUUUCUGUCCAUUUAGGGGA